AUGGCUUUGAUGGAAAUUGAUGGUAUGCAACUUUUACUUCCAAAUUCCUUCCUUAACUUACCAGUAGAUGUGACUACUUAUAAAAUUGGGCAUGAAUUGGGAGAAAUCGAAUUGCUCUAUCUUAAUAAAAUUGCCUCCGGCUUAUUCCAUCCAUUCUCAGAUGUUCGGCAAUCACAAGUAGUACUUCACGAGGAUAAAAAAUAUUAUCCAAGUGCUGAGGAAGUCUACGGACCUGAGGUUGAAACGCUGGUGCAGGAAGAAGACACGCAACCAUUGUCCGAACCCAUUAUUGCCCCGAUAAAAAUAAAGAAAUUCCAAAUCACUGAAAAGAAUUUACCAGAGACAAGAUAUAAGAAAGAAUUUUUGGUCGAUAUGAUGAAUUUCCCCGAAUUAGUGCGAAAUAUUGCUAUCGUUGGUCAUUUACAUCAUGGAAAGACUUCAUUUGUUGAUAUGCUGGUCAAUGAAACUCAUUCUUCUGUCGCAUGGGAUGUAGAUAGACAGGAACGAUACACUGAUACGCACACUCUAGAAAGAGAUCGUGGAGUCAGUAUAAAGAGCAUGCCGAUGACACUUAUUUUACAAGAUACAAAGGGGAAAUCUUAUUUAUUUAAUAUCAUUGAUACACCCGGACAUGUUGAUUUUGUGGAUGAGGUGACUGCAGGACUUCGAAUUGCCGAUGGUGCUGUUAUCAUAGUUGACGCGAUUGAAGGGGUUAUGGCUAAUACGGAACGCGUAAUACGGCAUGUCAUACAAGAGAAAUUAGCAUUUACAUUAGUGGUAAAUAAAGUUGACCGAUUAAUUUUGGAACUUAAAUUACCACCUAAUGACGCGUAUUUUAAAUUAAAACACACUAUAGAAGAAGUCAAUAGUAUUAUAAGUAAAUGUGCACCAGGACAAAACCUCCGUGUCUCGCCUGAAUGUGGAAAUGUAUGCUUCGCUUCUACUCAGAUGGGAUGGUGUUUUACGCUGAAAUCUUUUGCUAAAAUUUAUGCAGACUCUUAUGGAGAUAUUAAUCCAGAUGAUUUUGCAAAGCGUCUUUGGGGUGAUAUUUUCUUCGAUGCUACAAAACGAACAUUUACUCGUCGUUCGGUAGACAAGAGUAUGCGAUCUUUCGUAUAUUUUAUAAUGCAACCAUUGUAUAAAAUUUAUGCUCAGGUUAUUGGAGAGAACGAAAAUACAUUAAAAAAGACAUUGGCUUCAUUGGGUAUAAACCUUAAAGCGUCACAUUAUAAAUUGGAUGUCAAGCCAUUGCUACGAAUAGUGUUGGAUCAAUUUCUUGGACCGGCUACUGGUUUCGUUGAUAUGGUCAUUCAAAAUAUACCAUCACCCGAAAAAAAUGCUAUCAAUAAGGUCGAUAAUAUUUAUACGGGACCAAUGGAUACUGAAGUUGCGGAAGCAAUGAAAAAAUGUGAUUCUGAUGGUCCGCUUAUGAUCCAUAUCACUAAAUUAUAUAAUUCUAGUGACGCGUCAACCUUUGACGCGUUCGGUCGUAUUCUAAGUGGAACGGUACGAAAAGGACAAUCUGUGAGGGUUCUUGGCGAGGGAUAUUCUAUUGAAGAUGAAGAAGAUAUGACAAUACAAGAUGUUAAUAAUGUCUGGGUGUUUGAAUCAAGGAUAGAAGUAGACGGAGUACCCGCGGGUAACUGGGUACUUCUGGGAGGCAUCGACAACUCAAUAGUGAAAACCGCCACUGUAACAAACAAAAAUGUAAAGGAAGAUUUAUAUAUUUUCCGACCUUUGUCAUUCGUUACGACCGCUGUUCUUAAAGUCGCUGUAGAACCAGUUAAUCCUUCCGAGUUACCGAAAAUGUUGGAUGGAUUAAGAAAAAUCAACAAAAGCUAUCCGAUCGUAAUAACAAAAGUUGAAGAGUCCGGCGAACAUAUCAUAUUAGGCACUGGUGAAUUAUACUUGGACUGCGUACUUCAUGAUCUAAGACGAAUGUACGCGGAAAUUGAACUUAAAGUUUCGGAUCCGGUAGUUCGAUUUUGUGAAACUGUCGUUGAAACCUCUGCAUUGAAAUGUUUUGCAGAAACACCAAAUAAAAAGAAUAAGUUAACAAUGAUUGCAGAGCCAUUAGAGAAAGGCAUCGCGGAAGAUAUCGAGUCAGGCAAAAUUAACAUUAAGAUGCCGAUGAAAGAAAUUGCGAAAAUUUUUGAAGAAAAAUAUAAGUGGGAUAUUUUGGCAUCUCGCUCAAUUUGGGCGUUUGGUCCAGAUGAAAAUGGACCCAAUAUACUCUCUGAUGAUACAUUGCCUUCUGAAGUAGAUAAGAAACUUCUUGCAUCAGUACGAGAUUCUAUAAGACAAGGAUUUCAAUGGGGUACACGUGAGGGUCCUCUAUGUGAUGAACCGAUACGGAACGUGAAGUUUCGCAUCUUGGAUGCAGUUAUAGCAGCAGAACCAAUCUAUCGAGGAGGAGGGCAAAUAAUACCUACAGCAAGACGCGUUUGCUAUUCGGCCUUUCUGACGGCCACUCCAAGAUUGAUGGAACCUGUAUAUUACGUCGAGAUACAAGCCCCGGCUGAUUGUGUUUCAGCUGUAUAUACUGUAUUAGCGCGUCGAAGAGGUCAUGUUACACAAGAUAUUCCGAAGGCUGGAUCACCUUUGUAUACCGUAAAAGCUUAUAUUCCGGUGAUUGAGGCCAAUGGAUUUGAAACUGAUCUAAGAACACAUACUCAAGGUCAAGCAUUUUGCCAACAAAUGUUUGAUCAUUGGCAGAUUGUGCCUGGUGAUCCGUUGGAUCAAACCAUUGUUUUAAGACCACUAGAACCGAGCCCUGCGCAACAUUUAGCUAGAGAUUUCAUGGUGAAGACUAGACGACGCAAAGGACUCUCAGAAAAUGUAUCGAUAAACAAGUUUUUCGACGAUCCGUUACUUCUGGCUGUUGCACAAACCGAUGUGCUUGCCGCCGCUGUUGCCGUGGCAGCUGCUAAAGAAUCACAAACAACUGAUACACCAAUAACCAAUUCUCAAGGAGAUAAAAUAAGAUUCAAGGCAACAACUAUCAAAGCACCUUUCUUGGAGCAAUUCACUUCCGACUGGUCGAAGCGCUGGUCACCGAGUGAAGCUACAAAAGAAACCAAAGACCGCGGUGAGCAAUUUAGUUAUGUUGGUAAAUGGGCGGUUGAAGAACCCACAGUAAUCCCGGGUAUCGAAGGAGAUACGGGUCUCGUAAUGAAAACUGUAGCUGCUCAUCAUGCAAUAUCAGCUCCAUUCGAGAAUCCACUGGAUAAUACGAAUAAGACGCUGGUGAUACAGUAUGAAGUAAAACUUCAGAAUGGAUUGGAAUGUGGUGGUGCUUACUUGAAACUGCUGACCGAAUCAGAAAAGGGUAUUCAAGCCGAAGAAUUCUCGGAUAAGACCCCCUAUACGAUUAUGUUUGGUCCGGAUCGAUGUGGAACCACUAACAAGGUACACUUUAUUUUCCGACAUAAGAAUCCGAAAACUGAUGAAUAUGAAGAAAAGCAUUUGACCGGUGCACCAUCUGCUAAAGUGACAAAGCUCAGUACAUUGUAUACGUUGAUAGUCAGGCCUGAUAAUUCUUUCGAUAUCCGAAUUAAUAAUGUUAGCGAGAAAAGCGGCAACUUAUUAGAAGAUUUCACGCCACCUGUUAAUCCUGUUCAGGAGAUCGAUGAUCCUAAUGACAAAAAACCAGAUGAUUGGGUUGACAAUCCAAAAAUUCCUGAUCCAGAUGCAAAAAAACCUGAUGACUGGGAUGAGAAUGCCCCACAAAAUAUCCCCGAUGAAGAUGCAGUCAAGCCUGACGAUUGGUUAGAAGAUGAACCAGAAAGUAUUCCUGAUCCGGAUGCUAAAAAACCCGAAGAUUGGGAUGACGAAGAAGAUGGAGAUUGGGUUCCGCCCACAAUUGAUAAUCCGAAGUGCGAGGAUGUGUCUGGUUGCGGUCCUUGGAAACGUCCGAUGAAACGUAAUCCUGCUUAUAAGGGUAAAUGGUAUCCACCUCAAAUCGAUAAUCCAGCGUACAAAGGCCCAUGGGCUCCUCGUAAAAUCCCGAACCCAGAUUAUUUUGAAGAUUUGAAUCCUGCUAAUUUUGAGAAAAUUGCUGGUAUUGGAUUUGAACUUUGGACCAUGCAAAACGAGAUCCUCUUUGAUAAUAUUUAUAUUGGUCAUUCUGAGGAGGAUGCAAAGAAAUUCGCAGAAGAAACUUGGGCGGUUAAAUAUAAAAUUGAAAAAGCUGUGGAGGAUAAGGAUUCCGCUAGUUCUGACGACUCUGAUUCCCCACGUUCAUUCUGGGAAGAUCCUAUCGGAUUUGGUCAAUAUCACAUCAAUCAAUUCCUUCUUUUACUCUUCGAAGAUCCACUUGAAGCACUCAAAACACAUCCGGAAACAGCUGGAGCUUUGGGCCUUGUUAUUAUUGUUCUCUUCUCGCUCAUUGGAUUAUUGUUUAGUUUAUUGACUCUCCCCAAGAAGCCGGCUGCUCCUCACAAGAAGACCGAUGAACCCACCCCUGAUGAUCCGGAUGCUGAUGCUGGGGAAACGAGCGCAACCAAAGAUGAAGGCAAUGAAGGCGACAACGAAGAUGACGAAACAAAAAACAAAGCCAAAAAACGAACCCCAAAAGAUAAAUCAUAA